UACGUUUAUUAUUUAAACUGGUUCGAGUUUUUUUACGUUUAACUUAAAAUGUUAGAAUUUUGGAUAAAUUGUCCAUGAAUUAGCAUUAAAUAAUAGGUGAUGUUACAUCAAUAUAUGAAUUUGGAAGGUAAUAAAAGUUUAAAUAAUAGAUGUUUAAAGUUAUUUUGCUUUAUAUAGGAAAUUAUUUAUAAAUAAUUAGUAAUAAAAUACCAAUAUUAGCUCCAUAUGGUACUUUUAAGAUUCUAUUUAAAUUUUACUAAAUGAUAUUUAUUAUAAUAUUAGUAUUUAUAUUUAGUUUAGUUAUAUUUUUUCAAAAGGAAUUAUCAUAUAUAGAUAUUUUAAUAAUAAGAAUUAGUUUUUAUUCAUUUAUAGCAGAUGUUUUAAUAACAUUAAAUACAGGGAUAUUGCAUAAAGGAGAACUAGUAUUAAAUAGAACAAAAAUAAUUCAAAAAUAUUUAAAAAAAACUUUAAUACCUGACCUUCUUUCAAUGUAUUAAUUAACUAUUUUUGCGUUUUUUAUUGAUUAUAAAACAGGAUAUCAUGUAUAUGAUUUUAUUGUUUGUUUUCCAAUUUUUUUAAAGAUAUUUAAUUUAUUUGGAAUAGUAGAAGACUUAGCCUUUUAUUUUUCAAGUAGAAAAAAUCUUUUUGAUUUAAUUAAAUUAAUGGUUAGUAUUGGAAGUGUUUGCCAUAUUUUUAGUUUAUUUUGGCAUGGAUUUGCUGUUUAUGAAAUUAAAUAUUUAAAUAGAGAAGACACUUGGAUUCAUGCUUAAAAUCUUAUAGAAGCUAAUGUUUAUACCAGAUAUGUUUAUAGUUUAUAUUAUCUUUCAGCUACAAUGAUUACUGUUGGAUAUGGAGAUGUUGUUCCUAAAAACUAUUUAGAAUGCUAAUUUUCUAUUUGCUGCAUGUUUUAAACAGGAAUUGUUUAUGCUUAUAGUUUAAAUUCAAUAGUUUACAAUGAAGAAUACUAUUAAGAAUAUUAUGAAGCUUUUAAUCAUCUUUUUGGAGAAGAAGAAAUUGAAGGUAAUAAUUCGGCUAUAGAAUAAUAUUCUUUUAAAGAAGAAAUGAAAAGUGGCAUUGAUAUUAAUAAUGAUAAUUGCCCUUCAAUUGAAAAGGAAAUAAGGAAAAUGCAAAAAAAAAGAACAAAUCUUAAUAGAAGAAUCUAUAGAUUUAGAAAUUUCUUAGUAACUUGA